CAAAAGCUGUGCUCGUACAUUAUUAACACCAAGUAAUACAAACCAGCUUGUGGCAGCUCGUGCACGCUGGCAGUCUGUACAUUACACAAAGCCUCGAUGUUCACACAGGGAAAAUUUCACGUUAGAGCGUUCAGUUGUCUAGAAAUAAACACAUUGAGAAGUGGACUGUUAUGGAUUUGGAUAGCACCGAAGAUCUAAAUGAAAUCCGUUCCGCAGUGUACCGAGCUGCUCUAAAGCUUCGCACGCUACAAAAAAUAUGCCAGAUGCAUCUGGUGUCACUGCAGGAUUUGCGCCCAGUCCUAAAUACUUUGUGCAGUUCCGGGGAUCCGAUGAUUAAUCUCAGUCAAGAAGAUGUGCGUCAGCAUCUAGAAGAGCUGUUCCAGAGCAUUUCGCAUGAGCUUCCUUAUGAGACUGUCCCCGAAGCCACAGAUCAAACCACCAGGCUUCUCUUUAAACUGUUUGACAGAGAGCAAUCUGGUGUUCUUCUGCUCAGGUCAGUGGAGGCCGCGCUGAUCGCCCUCUGUGGAGACACUCUCUCAGCUAAACAGAGAGCUCUGUUCCGACUGGCUGAGAGCUACAGUGGGAAUCGGGAGAGUGACAGGGGCUCCAUCGGUCGAAGUGCACUCAAAACCCUGCUGGAGGACCUCAGCCAGGUUCCAGCAGUGGUUCAGGAAAACAAUGUUUUUGGUCACGCUGAAGCUGCAGUCUGCUCUUGUUUUAAUGGGUUAAACAGUGCACGUGUGACUGAGGAGCAUUUCAUUGGCUGGCUGCAGUCAGAACCCCGGCUGCUGUUAUGGCUGUCCACUCUCUACAGGGUUUCAGUGAGUGAGGCUGUACAGCACAGAGUCCGCUGCCAUGCCUGUAAAGCCUUUCCUAUCACUGGCCUCAGGUAUCGCUGUUUGAAAUGCCUGAACGUACACCUCUGCCAAAGCUGCUUUCUGACUGAGAGGCGCAGCAGGAAACACAAACCCUCUCAUCCUGUUCUGGAAUAUUGCACUCAGCCAUCCUGGAAGGAGUCGGUGGCUUCACUGGCCUCUAGUGCUCGACACGCUUUGGUCCCCCGACACGCUCGGAGAGAAGCAGAGAGGAAGAGAGCCCUGAGAGCCAGCUCUAGUGCAGAGCUGCGGUACAGUGCCCCUUCUCCAGCGCUGCGGUCUGUAGCAGAUCCAGACAUGCAUAAAGCUCCUGAAAUAAGUCCGACUGUCACCCCUGCUGCGGUUCCAGUUGAGUCUAAAGGCCUGCAGACAGAGGAGGCAGAGAUUCCCCAGAGAGAAACAGCUAUUCUCCAGAAAGACAUCAGUAUUACUCAGAAGGCCAUGAAAGAUCUGCAGAGAGAUAAAUGGCUCCUGGAGAAAGAGUUUCAGGUGUGGAGAGUCGCAGCUCAGUCGGAGCAUGAUUCACUGGAGGACAAAUGUACUGAGCUGAAGAGCAUGAUGGAUGCUCUGAACCAACAUAACCAGCAUCUGGAAGAAGAACUGGACAGAGUCAGACACAUAUUAACUCUGAGGGACAGAGACCAGCUCAGAACUGACUUUCAUUCUCAUUCAGAACUUCAGCCAGAACACGAUAGCAGCAUUAGUGAAAACGACUGGAUUCAACCUGGCUGUUUAAAACCUCAAGACAGCUCCAGCGGAGAAGAGCGGCUUCAGGAGGGGAGAGACGCAUAUCAGGAAGGAAGCAUAGAAGUGGAUGAGGUAUCAGAAGACAUCUCCACAAAUCUGGAUGACACGGAAGAGGAUGUCCAUACAGCUUCGGGGCAGCAAGAAGCCGUGGAGGAGGGGCUACAGGAGGAAGAGGAGGAGCUACGGCAUAAAAGACAAGAUCUCUCUUUACUACAUCGAUCCAUGUCUGAUUUAGACUCAGAAUCAGAUGACCCGGAGACGGAUGACGAAGAGGAGCUUUGCGAGCUUGUACAGCGACUUCGGAAUGAGCUUUCUCUACAUACAGCCACAGGGUCGGUGAGUCUGCAGAAAGAAAAGCUACUGACGGCAGCAGAGGGAGUCAGAGAUUCUGUUUCUCAUCUUGUCACUUCUGUGAAGACCACCAGCUUGGCUUGAUGGCAAUCCAAAUAACGUUUGCUUACCUGAAACCAAUGCAAGCCACUUUCCAGCACUCUUUCCAUAAGAAGGUCGAUCAUAACAGAAGAUGCUUGCGGUGGACUGACGGUUGGCGAUUCAAAAUUGAAUAAAACUUUAAUUAAUUUCACUAUAUAUAUAUAUAUAUAUAUAUAUAUAUAUAUAUAUAUAUAUAUAUAUAUAUAUAUAUAUAUAUAUAUAUAUGUAUAAAAUGAGACAUUGGUUAAUAUUAGAGAGGCACUGAUACUGACAUUCAGAUGACACAGAAAAGGCAAUAAUUAUAUUCCUGUUACUAUGAAAACACUGGAAUUUAAUUGGUCUGUUGAGACAUUGCACGAUCAAAUUAUUUGCAUAAUUAUUAUUAUUUCCCACUGUCCAGGACAAAAGUGUUUAACACCUAAUAUAGAUUUGGGUCUUUCUGGGUUUAUUUUGAGAUAAUGACCAGGUGACCCUUAAUUAUAGCCCGUAGCAAUAGCUUUACAAUAUUAUAGAUUAUUGCAAUUCUGUCUAAAAAUAUAGAAUAUAAAAAUAUAAAACUAAGGAAAAAAAGCCACAACAUAUAGAAAAAAAAUAGCCUACAGUUGAAUUAUUUUUGACAAAAAUAUAUGAGAACAAGAACUAUAGUCUAUGGAUUAUAGGUAAAUAAGAAGUUGGUUAUUUAAGAGUUUUUGAAGUUAAAUUAUAGAAAACACAUACAGCUAUUAACAAAUAAUAGAUAUAAGAAUGAGAUGAGCAGAAAAGUAUUUCACAUGUGUAUCUAACGUUGGGAAAACUAAUAUAGGUAGAAGUCAGUAUUUGAGACUGAUACCAUUAGCAAUAAAUGUAGAAAAUCUAAUAUAAAUUAUAUUAGAUUUAUAUUCAAUUAAAUUUAUUAAUACAUAUUUUUCAUGCCUAGUUAAUGUGUGAUUUUUUUAUAUGCAGUUUUUUAUUGAUUUUUUAAACACCACACAUUUUGGAUGUUAUUUACUAACAGUCUGUUGGACACAAAAAAAUGUAAUAUGUGUUAAUAUAAAAGGGACAGACUGAACGUACUAAAAGAAAGAAAGACUUCUGAACGGAUAAUGUGUUUGAUGUCAAAAUAAAAAGAUCUCAAAGUUA